AUGCUGCUUGGAUCCAUCGAAGUGACACGCCCCACAGCCGAUGGUAGCAGCCAACUUUUCAAAACACACGAACCUUCUCCAUCUCUCGGCCUCUCUCCAACAAGGCCAAGAAUCUUCGCGCCACCAGCCAACAGUCCACCGCCACCCUGCUCGCCAUCCGCCAUGGCCGCCGCACUCGGCUCGCUGCCGUCCGCGUCCUCCUCCCCCACCACCGCUCCCUCCAUCCCGGCGAACGCCACGCUGGGCCGCCACCUGGCGCGGCGCCUGGCGGAGGUGGGCGCCCGGGACGUUUUCACGGUCCCCGGCGACUUCAACCUCACGCUCCUCGACGAGCUCGAGGCCGAGCAGCCCUCGGGCGGCGGCGUGCGCCUCGUCGGGUGCUGCAACGAGCUCAACGCCGCGUACGCCGCCGACGGGUACGCGCGCGCGGGCCGCGGGGUCGGCGCCUGCGCGGUCACCUUCACCGUCGGCGGGCUCAGCGCCAUCAACGCCGUCGCCGGCGCCUUCAGCGAGAACCUGCCCCUCGUCUGCGUCGUCGGGGGACCCAACAGCAACGACUACGGCAGCAGCCGGGUCCUGCACCACACCAUCGGCCUGCCCGAUUUCACCCAGGAGCUCCGCUGCUUCCAGAACGUCACAUGCUACCAGGCAGUGGUGAACAACUUGGAGGAUGCACAUGAACAGAUUGACACUGCCAUCUCCACCGCACUCAAGGAGAGCAAGCCAGUUUACAUCAGCAUCAGCUGCAACCUCCCCUCGAUCCCGCAUCCUACAUUUAGCCGCCAUCCUGUCCCUUUCUUUCUGUCCCCAAGAUUGUCAAACCAGAUGAGCCUUGAAGCAGCAGUGGAAGCCGCUGCGGCUUUCUUGAACAAAUCAGUCAAGCCGGUCCUUGUUGGUGGACCGAAAAUGAGGGUGGCCAAAGCAUGUAAAUCUUUUGUAGAGAUGGCCGACGCGAGCGGUUAUCCCAUUGCAGUGAUGCCUUCUGCAAAGGGGCUUGUGCCAGAGCACCACUCUAGAUUUAUCGGCACUUACUGGGGUGCUGUGAGCACUCCAUUUUGUGCUGAGAUCGUGGAGUCAGCAGAUGCCUAUCUGUUUGCUGGGCCGAUAUUUAACGACUACAGCUCGGUUGGGUACUCACUUCUCAUCAAGAAGGAGAAGGCGAUCAUUGUCCAGCCAGACCGAGUGGUGAUUGGAAAUGGGCCUGCAUUUGGGUGUAUUCUGAUGAAUGACUUCUUCCAUGCACUUGCAAGCCGGCUUAAGAAGAACACGACUGCGUACGAGAACUACUCACGCAUUUUUGUGCCCCAGGGUGAACCUGUUUCGUCUGAUCCUGGAGAGCCUUUGAGAGUAAAUGUGCUUUUCAAGCAUGUUCAGAAAAUGUUGUCUGGCAGCUCAGCUGUGAUUGCAGAGACUGGGGACUCAUGGUUUAACUGCCAGAAGCUGAAACUACCAGAAGGCUGUGGGUACGAAUUUCAGAUGCAAUAUGGAUCAAUUGGUUGGUCGGUGGGUGCAACUCUUGGAUAUGCACAGGCUGCUAAGGAUAAACGUGUCAUUUCCUUCAUAGGUGAUGGCAGCUUUCAGGUGACGGCACAAGAGGUGUCGACGAUGAUCCGAUUGGUGCAGAACAACAUCAUCUUUCUCAUAAACAAUGGCGGUUACACCAUUGAGGUGGAGAUCCAUGACGGUCCUUACAACAUCAUCAAGAACUGGAACUACACUGGCGUGGUGGAAGCAUUCCAUAAUGGCGACGGCAAGUGCUAUACUGCAAAGGUCCGAACAGAGGAGGAACUGAAGAGGGCGAUUCAGGCAUCUCUAGGACCUAACAAGAAUUGCUUGUGCUUUAUAGAGGCAAUUGUACACAAGGAUGACACUAGUAAGGAGCUUCUUGAGUGGGGCUCUAGAGUUUCCGCAGCGAACAGCCGCCCACCAAAUCCUCAGUGA